AUGCAUGUUCACGAUGUACUCAUCAUCGGUGCUGGUCCCGCUGGGCUCGCUGCUGCUGCACGGUUGAAAGAACACACGCCCUCAGCCACCUUUACAGACGAUGAACACCAACGCUACCAUUGGAUUCGAAAGCAUGGUCGUAAAAUGAACGUCAAGAACUACAAGACCAACCAAGACUCACUAUCGACGUCUCGUCCUGCUUCCGAUACCUCCAAUUGCGGCUGCAACUGCGACACUGCACCUAAGGGCGAUUCGAUAGACAUGCUCGUGUUGGAUGCAGAUGGAGUAGACUGGAUGAGCAAAUGGAAUCGGCUGUUCAAGACAUUCGGUAUCAACUACCUCCGAAGUCCGAUGUUCUUCCAAAUCGACCCUGCAGACCGCGACGCGCUGCUUGGUUACGCAUACGAGAAGGGGCGAGAGAAGGAACUACAAGCUCUGCCAGGCUGUGCCGGCAAAGAGAUCAGCAAGCACAGGAAGAAGAAAAAGCUUAACUCGCGCGGAAGAUUCCCAGGAUCAGGGCCGGAUGUUGAUGAGCGAGACCGGAAGGACUACUACACACCGAGCACGAAUUUAUUCACGUCACACUGUGAAGAGGUGAUUCGGCGAUAUGGACUUGGCCCGGAUAUGCUGCGGCAAGAGCGCGUGAUCGAUAUCAGCUUUGAUGAGGCGAGUGGCUUCGAGAACGCUGAACAUGACAGCGUCAUCUCGGACGACGCAUCGAACGAAGACCAAAAGAUCUUUUGCGUGAAGACCGACGCCGGCAUGCGAUACGCAAACAUUGUGAUAUUGGCCGUUGGACCUGGCAAUGCUCCAUCGAUACCCUCCGUCUCAGGGCUGCCGUCACCAAGUCCCCACGAGGGCUACACUCACGCCAUGCAGAUAAAGCAGUUUCCGCCGUCACACGUCACUGCAAAGAUCAAGGCUCGACGCUCGACAAACAUGCUCAUCGUUGGUGGCGGACUCACAAGCGUUCAGCUGGCUGACCUCGCCAUCAAACGUGGCGUGAACAAGGUGCACUUGUUGAUGCGCGGACCGUUGAAAGUCAAGUACUUUGACGUGGAUCUCGACUGGGUGGGCAAGUUCCGCAACUUCAACCAAGCAGCCUUCUGGAGCGCGGACACGGACGAAGAGCGCUUCGAGAUGAUUGCUCAAGCCCGGAAUGGUGGCAGUAUGACACCACGGUAUCGCAAGAUUCUCGAUGCGCAUGUAGCGAGUGGCAAGAUCGAGCUACACACCCACACCACGCUGCGGUGUGUUAGAUGGGAUGUAGAGACGAAGACUUGGAUGGAUAUCAAGGUGUCGACUGGCACUUCUGUCCCUCCAGUUGACUACAUCGUCUUCGCAACAGGGAUUCAGUCCGAUAUCCGCACGAUCCCCUUUCUCGAGACUCUGCAGCAACAACACCCCAUCGAGUACGUUGGCGGCCUACCGUGUCUCACAGACGACCUGAUGUGGGAUCGUGACGUGCCGCUGUUCGUCACUGGCCGACUUGCGGGCUUGAGACUCGGUCCGGGUGCGCCGAAUCUGGUUGGUGCAAGGAUCGGCGCAGAGCGGAUCGCGUGGAAUGUGGAGGAUGAAUUGAAGAAGCUGGGCAAGCUGAAGAAGCACGAUCGGAGGGACUCGGGGUAUGAGGGGAACAGUACGGAUGAGGAGUAUGAGAGUUAUGCGAGUGCAAGGACUAAUCGGUUUGCGGGUUUGGUUAGUGUGGGUGAUGACUAA